AUGACUGGAGAAAAUGCCGCGCAGGCCGACCCAUCUCAGUUGAGUGACGCUCCAGCGGGAAGGCCGUGCCACGACGAGCAAGCGCAUGACAACAACAGCAAGAGGUUGUGGGAAGCGGACGCGCCAGUCGGGAGACAACCUUCACUAGAACGGGCCGAGCACGGGGAGCGUGAAACGGACAUGGUAGUACCCACCAUUGGCAUACAAUUAUGGAACGCGCCCAUUGCUCUUAGAGCUACACGCAAGACGUGUUGGACGCGUAACGUGGAUGUGUGGAAGGAGGGUUCAUCCGGCGAACAUAGCAGAGGGCUUCGGAGGACGGCUGCUGCGCAGUACUGGGCCUGUAUGACCACUGCUUCGGUGAGGGAAUUGACCCGGCGCACUCGAAGUAAAACAGGAUUUGCAACGCCGGUUCGAUACUUGGAUCUAUGGCUCGUGCAAACUCCAUAUUGGACGACGCGAAGGCAUCAUCCGCACUGGGAGUACAGUGCGGAUGCAUAUGCAGUUGUUACUGAGAGUACCAUAGUGAAGGAUGAUUAUGUACGGCGUCUCCUUGGAGAACUCAGACUAACAGUUGACGACCUGCGAUGGGACACCAGUUAG